CGCAAAAUCGAACAUUACGUACAAAUUCAAGUGACGCUGUCGUGAGAAAUUAAGAGUGAUUCUUUUUCCUGAACGCAAAUAAAUCUAGUCGAAAAUAUGUCUGAAGCUUUCUUUGAUGAGUAUGAUUAUUAUAACUUCGAAUACGACAAGCACAUUUUCUCCAGUCACAGUGGCAAGCAGCGGACAAAGAAGGAGGUGAGUCAGCACACAAAUCACUUCGAUCCGUCUGGCCAUUCUAGAAAGAUCGUUACGAAGUUGGUUAAUACUGAGCACAAUAAGAAAGGCGGCAAGUAAGAACUAAUGAGUUGUAGAAAUAAAAA